AAACGCGUUUCGGGGGAGUUUGGCCCUUCGCAGGCGCCGUAGCGGCCGGUUGGGACGGGCCCUGCCUUCCGGGAGGAGCCGCGGCGGCGGGUGUGAGGGAGCGCGGUGCCGAGCAGGAUGGCUGGGCACAGAUUGGUGUUAGUAUUAGGAGAUCUCCACAUUCCGCAUCGAUGCAACAGCCUCCCAGCCAAAUUCAAAAAACUGCUGGUUCCAGGAAAGAUCCAACACAUCCUCUGCACCGGAAACCUCUGCACCAAGGACACUUACGACUACCUCAAGACUCUGGCUGGGGAUGUUCAUGUUGUCAGAGGGGACUUUGAUGAGAACCUGAAUUAUCCUGAACAGAAAGUUGUAACUGUUGGACAGUUCAAAAUCGGGCUGAUUCACGGGCAUCAGGUUAUCCCUUGGGGUGACAUGGCCAGCCUGGCGCUGCUACAGAGGCAGUUUGAUGUGGACAUCCUAAUUUCAGGACAUACACACAAAUUUGAGGCAUUUGAACACGAAAACAAGUUCUAUAUCAAUCCAGGAUCAGCUACAGGAGCUUAUCAUGCCUUAGACAACAACAUCAUUCCUUCGUUUGUGCUGAUGGAUAUCCAGGCUUCUACAGUAGUUACAUACGUCUAUCAACUAAUCGGAGAUGAUGUGAAAGUAGAAAGAAUUGAGUACAAAAAGUCUUAAAAAUGUCUUUGCUUGUCUGGUAUUUUUACCAUCUCAUUCUGAACUGCAAGUUACUACAAUACUUGAUUGCUAGUUUACAGUACGACACUCUCGCUAACAGCUUAACGAUGUAGCUUAUUGGUAAUAACUUUAAAACAACAUUGUGUUUGCUUUUCUCUGUAUGAAUUGAUUUGUAAAAUAUUCCAUUAAAAUAACUGUUUAAAUACUGUUCCUUAAUGGUGUAAUAAACUCCACUUCAUAGAAAAA